GCAAUGAGCAGCAAAGCUGAUCUCUUGGAAAAAAUACUGAAAGCAAUUGAAGAAAACAUUACUACUGAGAAUAGUUGCUCUCUUCUUAUGGCUCUGGACACAUUACUAAACUCUGACCAUACAAAAGAAAUGGGUUUUACGUGUAAGAUCCAGGCUCUGCGUGAUAAGCUGUGGGUCUUCCUGGUUCAGUCUUUCUACGCUGUUCGUCACACAGAAAGCUGGAAGCUGAUGAGCACAGAUGAUCAACAGAAAAUCCAAGCAGCUGCAUUUGACAAAGGUGAUGAUCGAAGACUUGGCAAAAAGCCCAUAUUCAGUAGCUCUCAGCAAAGAAGACAACAUUCUGACUCUGGUCUUAUAAAAAACACGUCUUUGAGAGUAAAUAACAAGAAAGAGUGUUGGAAUUAUCCCUCUACCAAGCAAAAGAUGAAAUCCGAUGGACUAGGAGCAUCAGGGCAUACAUCAAGUACAAAUAGAAAUACUAUAAAUAAAACUUUGAAGCCCGAUGAUUUAAAGGAAAAAGGUAGUGCCAAAAUAGCAUCAAAGUUUACAAAAGAAUCAAAAACUGGGGUGAAAACUGUUCCUGGAAAGCCCAAAGCUAUAAUAAAAUCCAAAACAGAAAAUAGUGAUGAUACAAAAUCAGCAAAUGUGUCACCUAGACAAGCUGUGGAAAGAACAGCAGCAGCAGCAUUAAACGGACAGAAAAAUCCAUUAAAUGGAAAAGGAGAGAGAAAUCAGGAAGGGCAAAUUACAGGUGCCAGACCCAAGAUACUCACUGGAAACUUCAAUGUGCAAACCAAAGCAAAGCCUUUAAAGAAAGUGACAGGAAAAGGUUCUCCAAGCAGCAGCAUCGCAGGGCGCUCCGGCAGAUCUACCAAUUCAAGUAUGGAAUUAUUGAUUUCCACUGAAUGUCUGGAAGAACCCCGGAAAAAUGGAUCAGUAGAAGAGAAGUCUUCUAGUCAUCCACAGUCCCUUCAUGAAUCUCCAAGACAGACAGUAAAAAACAAUGUUGAAACUGUCAAAACUUCCACUGUAGGAGUAAAAUUUAGACCUGUUUCAAAAGUUACCAAUGGAACUUCAAAUAAAAAAGCCAUUCAUGAACAAGAAAAUAAUGUAAAUAGCAGUGUGCUAAAGAAGGUCACUAACAAAGGAUGUAGUGAUUCAGGACCACAAGCAAUUUUAAAGAAAAGAGGAAAUAGCACUGGAUGUAUUACCACCCAGCAGAAAAUGAAAAAUGGCCCUUCUGGUCUUGCUAAAGCUCAAGGGUCCCAAGGAGAGUCACCCAAUUCAGUAAAAUCUUCAGUCUCAUCAAAACAAUCUGAUGAAAAUAUGACAAAGUUGGACCACAGUACAACUACAGAUAAACAAAUACCCAAGAGAAAAAUUGUCAAGCAAGGAAAUACAACUUUGCCUAAAGUUAAUGCGAAAGUAGUUACAAUGCCUAAAAAUCUAAAUCAAUCUAAGAAAGGUGACACUUUGAAUAAUAAAGAUCCAAAACAGAAAAUGCCUCCUGGACAGGUUAUAUUGAAGACUCAGGCUUCUUCUCAAAGACUUUUAAAAAGUGAAACAGCAGUUGUCCAGAAAAGUAUGCAUCAUGAUUUCUGUGAUAAUAAUAAUAAGGGUAAUAAUAUUUCUGGACAGAAGCCUCUUGAACCGCUAAUUAAUCUCCCAUCCAAAGUCGGUGGUACAGAAGCCUCUCAGUCAUCAUGCAAACCUAGCUCACAAAAGCCAUUAUACAAUCACAAACAAGAGAAAUUGGUAUUAGAAUGUCAAAACAUGUCAAAUCUGGAUAAAGCAACGAAAGAUGACCUGGAAUCAAAACGUAUUUGUUCAAAUAAAAGUGAACCUAAAAUUUCCAGUCACAAAGAUCAUUGUAACGCAACUAAAACACAUACUGGGAGUGAUAAUGUAGAUUCGAAACUUUAUAGCACCACUGCCCUAAAAUCCAUGGUCUUAAAUCCAAAUGAAAAUUCCUUGAACUCUAAUCAGCUUUAUGAUUUAGAUUCAACAGAGGCAGGGCAAAUUCAAAUUCAUUCAAUAUCAAAUAGGGAAAAGCAAGUAGGGAGGGAAGAUAUAAUUGAAGCAUCAAGCAUUAAAUGUGUGAAAGAUGUUUUACCUUGUGUUCCUGAAAGGACAGACACUAUGUUAGAUUCUGUGUGUGCUGACAGAAAAGCUGUAAUUCAUGUAGAAAAACAGACAAUUCCUAGUGACUUGUCUGAUGACUCUGUUAUGAAGGAAGACAAACAUACAACAGCAGAUUCACAUACUUCCUCCAAGUGUUUUUUGGAACGAAUAUCAGGAAAAAAUUCUCCAAAAGAGAUGGAAACAACUGAAACUCCAGAGAACCAUGACAUUCCAGAAGUGCCAUUUAUGAGUCACUGGAAUUUGAGCACCAGUGUUCUGCACCACAGAGAGAGUCCAGAGUCUGACACUGGCAGUGCCAGCACUUCCUCUGAUGACAUAAAGCCCAGGUCUGAAGACUAUGAUGCUGGAGGCUCUCAGGAUGACGACGGGUCCAAUGACAGAGGUAUAUCUAAAUGUGGCACAAUGCUGUGCCACGACUUCCUUGGAAGAAGUAGCAGUGAUACUAGUACGCCUGAAGAAUUAAAAAUAUAUGAUAGUAAUUUAAGAAUUGAAGUCAAAAUGAAAAAGCAAAGCAGUAGUGAUGUUUUCCAAGUUAAUUCGACAAGCGAUGAUGAUGCUCCUAGGAAAAAGCCAGAAAUUUGGUCUCGAUCUACAAUUGUCCACCCCAGGGAAAAAGAAAAUGUUCCACGAGGCAGUGUCCAUUUUGCUCAGGAAAUAGAUCAAGUUUCCUCUUCAGCAGAUGAAACAGAAGAUGAAAGGUCUGAAGCUGAAAACGUCAUAGAGAAUUUCUCUGCAUCUAACGCAGCUCCUCAGCAAUUUCAAGGAAUCAUUAACUUAGCUUUUGAAGAUGCAACUGAAAAUGAAAGCCAUGAAUUUUCUGCAACUAAAAAAUUUAAAAGGUCUGUUUUACUUUCAGUAGAUGAGUGUGAGGAGCUAGGAUCUGAUGAUGGAGAAGUCCACACUCCCCUUCGACCUUCUGUAGGUUGUCUUUCACCUUCCGAUGUUUUUGAUGGUGUUUUCCGCGAGCAUCGUGGAAGGACUUGCUAUUCCAGAUACUCACAGGGAAGCGAAGGCAGUAUCUUAGAACAUAAACAAGAUAAAGGCAAUAGUGUAUAUAAAAAUGAAAGCUCACUUUUGAGUCUGGGUAAUACUGACUCUUCAAAAAAAGACAAGCAGAGUACUUCAGCUACAGAAACAAAGAACACGCUAGAUGUCCUGGCCAAAGGAGACAGACAGCUUCUACCAGAGGACAAAAAAGGAAACAGCGGAAGUGAUGCGGAUAAUGACUUUCAGCACCGCAGCAAACUCUCCGAUAAUGAUAUAAAAUCUCAAGAAAGACCAUGUCAUUUGGCACUUCAUCACAGAGAACCCAGUUCUGACAUACCAAAGGACAACUCUUCAAAGUCUCUGGACUCCUGCUGGAGUCAAGCUCUGCCUCAGGAAGGUCAAGUGAAAGAGAGCCAUUCCACAGCUACCGAAAAAGCUAAUAUUGCUUUAUCUGCAGGAGACAUAGAUGAUUGUGACUCAUUGGCACAAACCUACAUAUAUGACCAUCGACCUUCAAAAACCCUCUCUCCAAUAUAUGAGAUGGAUGUAAUAGAAGCAUUUGAGCAGAAAAUGGGAUCAGAAACACAUGUUAUGGACAUGAAUUGUGAAGACGAUCAGCACUUUGCAAAACAAGAUUGGACUCUGUUAAAGCAACUGCUCUCUGAACAGGAUUCAAACUUAAAUAUUACAAAUUCUGUUCCUGAAGACUUAAAUUUAGCACAGUAUCUAAUCAAUCAAACACUACUUUUAGCACGCGACAGCUCAAAACCUCAGGGUAAAGCACACGUUGACACUUUGACCAGAUGGAGUGAGCUACCAUCUCCACUUGAUGAUUCCUCAGCAAGCAUCACCAUGACAAGUUUUUCCUCUGAAGAUUGUUCACCCCAAGGGGAAUGGACUAUUCUAGAACUGGAAACUCAGCAUUAAGAGUAUUAACAUUUUAGAAAAUUUUAAACUCUACCACCCCACCACUUUUUGUUUAUGUUUAUAUUAUAUGAAAAUAAUUAUUACAUUAGCCAGAGAUAGACUGUCCUUAAUAUUGAGGGAGUCUUUCCAAUUUAUUGAGGUAAACAUACUUCAUUAGUUAAUAUGAUCUCACCUGUAGAAAACAAAUGUUUCUCUACAAAUUUUGAGCAUGUUUUCUAUAAUUAUUAGAGAAAUUAGAAGAGGUAUAAGGAAAACCUUGCUUCAAUUUUCCAUUCCUAACUGAUCUUUUGUUCACUUGUUCAUCAUUCAGGAAUUUAAAAUGUGAAUGCACAAAUAGAUCAGUCCCUUUACUUUUUUGCUCUGCAUAUGGUAAAUUGGUAAUUCAAUAAUAAAAAUGUAUCGUGCUUGUGUCUAUUUAUGUAGAGUUAAUCUGUGAGUAACAUUCAAAUUCAGGUUGAUAUGGUUGAGGCUGAUAGCUGAGGGUCAGUAAAAAUCUUCAUUUCCCCAACAAUUGAGAUCCAGGAAAUUGUGAAGUAAAUAUAUUCUCCAAUUUCAUUGUUACUAAAAUAGAGAAAUGUUACUAAAAUAGAGAAAUGGAAUUUUCUAAUUCCAUUUCUAAAAUAGAGAAAUGGAAUUCUCUAAUUCUCCUUUGGGGAUAUAUUCAGAGAGGGAAGACUGCCUUUGUUCAAAAGAAAUGGGGAAGCUAGCCAUCUGUUCUCUAAGGCUUCCUUUAUAGUUACCUGUCACUCCAAUUUCCAUUCCAUGUCAGAGAUAUUUUAGAACUGCACCUGCAAUAAGUCUGCACCAAAAAUUUAACUAGAAAAUGGGUAUAUGAGGCAGUUGAGUCAAUGAGCAUGGCUAACAUAUGUGUGUUUUUUAAUGCAUUAUCUAGAUCUCUUCUUUAUUUCCUUGAUCAGAUGACAUUUUCUUUUGUAAUGUCAGUAACAAAGCAAAGAUAAAAAAAUUUUUAAAAAGGCUACUGAGGAGUGAAUUCUUAGGUACAAUACUGAUAUUGUGGAUGUUGCCUCUAAGGUAAAUGAGAUUUACUAGAAUCAACUUCUUUCUCUAAAGUAUGUCAGAAGUGAGGAAAUAUUUUGGCUUAGAAGUCCUUUCCUAAAUUAAAAUUGUCAACAAAUGGUCAACAAUAAGGAGCCUGUAUAUUGAAUAUCAGCAAUCAUAUUAAUGCAUAAUCAUUUGUUCUUGUAUAUUAAUAUAACUGUAAACAUUAGCUACUAGAAUAUCAUUUUGUUUCUGUGCCUUCUUAAACUAGAAGCUCUGCAAGGAACACUCAAUCAACUCAGUCAGUCAUACUGUGGUUUAAGUGCUGUGGUGAGAAGAUAAAUAAGGUUUGAUCUCUGCCUCCCCCCUCAAAAAAAUUUGUUUCUGAUGAAAGGGAAAAAGCAUAUAAGAAAAGGGGCAGUAUUAGAAGUACUUUGUAUUUGUAGUUAUUAUUUAUUUUAAUACUUUUAAAUAUAGUGAUUAGUCUAAUCCCAUUAAGUGUCAGAGAACUGAAGUUCACCUCAGUUCAAAGAUUGCCCAAGAGCCCAUUAACUAAUUUGUGGAUUAGAAUCCAAUAGUCUUUAAUUUUAACUUGAUGUUAUUUCUACCAUACAACAUAAUUUAUUGAUUUUUAUCAUAAAACCUGAGAUCAAAUACAUUUAGAGAUUAAUUUGUAGUGUGAAGAAGUAUGAUAAAGUCAGAAACAGCACAAGUUCCCAAGUGAUUGUGAAUAUUGUUUUUUUUUCCCAAAAUGUGAAAUUGUUUUGUUACUUUUAAUAAACUACCUCAGAAGCUCA